AUUAUUUGUGAGUGAAAUAAUACCAAAUUAGCUGAAUGUAAUUAUUGUUAAAAAAUAUUAAUAAAAUGCACACUUUUUUAUUCUCUGUAUAAAUCGUGUGUGUACAUAUAUAUUAUUUAUAAAUUGGAUGAAGAAGCUAUGUUGAAUCUUUGUGAUUUUUUGUAAAAGUUAGAAAAAACGAAAUUCUAAUAAGGUACGCACUGUUUUAAAUGAUAGAGAAGAAAAGAAAAGUUGAUAAAGAACUCAUAAUUCAAAUCAGUAACAGUACGAACGUAAUAUUAGACAUAUAUACAAGAUCGAAGGUCAGAGUUGCGAUUACUACUGAUUAUUGUAUCAAAAAUACUCUACCGUUUUCUCUUUUAUGGUAAACACGUCGACCUCGUUAUCAAUAUCAGUCUUUAUACGAUAUACCUCCACUUUCUGCUCGACUAUUCUUAAUAGAUCGUCCUCCCAUUGCUUAUUCUGUCUUGGACUUCGAUACGUGCAUCAAGUGUUUCUCGAGUUUCGAACUUUAUCUUUUUAUGCUUUUUCGUUAUACUAUAAACAAUAUCUUUUGUGUAUAUUUAUAUAUAUAUAUAUACAUUCUUUGCUCUUUGGCGCUUUAUUUCACUGCUGGCUCGUUCCAAAGAUGAAAUUUGCGGUGAUCGGUGCUGGAGCAGCAGGUUUAGCGGCUCUGAGACAUUUCACUUCCAGUACUUACAAAGAUGAAAUCGUAUGCUACGAGAAAACAGAAGAAAUCGGUGGCACUUGGGUUUAUAGAGAAGAAACUGGUUUGGAUCGGUACAAUUUACCGAUUCAUACCAGCAUGUACAAAAGUUUGAGGACAAAUUUACCGAAAGAAGUGAUGGGUUUUCCUGAUUUCCCGAUACCAGAUCGACCAGAGAGUUACUUAACGCGCAAUGAAAUACUUAAUUUUCUUAAUUCCUAUUGCGAUCAUUUUAAAUUGAGACAAUACAUUCGCUUUCUUCAUCAUGUUGAAUACGUAGAACCAAUCUCGGAGAAUCAUAAAUGGUCGGUUAAGGUCAGAGAUUUAAAGGAGAACGUUGUUAAAACUGAGACAUUCGAUGCGAUUAUGGUUUGCAAUGGUCAUUAUUUCGAACCCUUUACUCCGAAUUUAAAAGGUCAGAACGUUUUUCAAGGAGAUCAACUGCACAGCCAUGAUUACAGAGUACCGACUAUCUUUAAAGAUAAAACUGUCGUUGUCCUUGGUGCAGGUCCUUCCGGUAUGGAUUUAGCUCUCGAAAUAUCGACGAAUGCAAAACGUGUAAUUUUAAGUCAUCAUUUAAAAGAGACGAUACUGACAAAAUUUCCCGAUAAUGUGAUUCAGAAAACAGACGUCGUAGAGUUAACCGAACACGAUGCAGUUUUUCGAGACGGCAGUAAGGAAACGAUCGACGUUAUAUUCUAUUGUACAGGAUACAAAUACAGUUUUCCUUUUCUUUCGGAAAAAUGCGGUAUUCGUGUGGAUUCGAAUAUGGUAACACCGCUUUGGAAACAUCUUGUGUCUAUAGAAAAUCCUACUCUCGCAAUUGUCGGAUUACCAUUUUAUGUUUGCGCCUUUAGUAUGUUCGAUCUGCAGAUACGAUUUCUUUCGCGGUUUUGGCAUGGAGAAAAAACGUUUCCUGAAAAAGCAAUGAUGUUACAAGAAGAGUCGGAAGAAUUGGAAAGACGUAUUAAAAAUGGAUUGAGUAAAAGACACUUUCACAUGAUGGGAAUGGAACAAGGCCAAUAUUACGAUGAUUUGGCAAAUACAGCUGGGAUAACUCGACUCCCUCCGGUAUUAGUGAAGUUGCAUAACGAGAGUAGUAAGCGUUUUUUGGAUGAUUUGGUACAUUAUCGAGAAGAUAGGUAUAGAAUCAUCGACGAUUAUAACUACGUGCAACUCUGAAGAUAUACUUUAUAAAAGAAAGAGACAGAUAAGCGAUGGAGUGACAUAUUCAUAGAUAAAAGCAUAUGAUGCAAUAAAGAUUUGUUAAAAAAGAAUGAAAAACUUUAUGGCGAAGGUUUAUAUAGGUAUGAACUAUACGUUAUAAACAAUAUGUUUUAUUUGUGUAAAAUGAAGACGAAAACAUUAUAAGUACUUAUAACUAUAUAGUACCGAUACAUAAAAAAUGUUUUGUCAUAUCAAUGCUUUUGAUUUUGAACUAUGAAAGAGUUACAAGAUAUUGAUAAGUCCGUUUGAUUAAAAAGAAAUCGCGUGAAAUUUUAUGCGGUAGCUAUCCCAUUACCUAUAAACAAUUAAAAUUAAAAAUUAAUGCUUAAACGCGUAAGUAUGAUUCUAUAUCGACGAUUUGAGAUAAACUAACUAUAUUUGAUAGCAACCAAAAAGCUCUGAAAUAGCAGUGUUACGUAUGUACAAUGACAAAAAAAAAGAUAAUAUUAAAUAAUAUCCUGCGCAUUUGCGUUUAUUUGAGAAUUCACAGCACGCGAUAAUGUAUCAAGUACAUUUUCUGCUUUUCAAAUGAUUAUAUCUUGAUUAAAACACGAGAUUAAAACUAAGGGGAUGUCUUUUACUAAAUAGAAAAAAAAUAACAGGGAUCAGAGAAGCACUUUAAAGAUAAAUACGAAGAAACAAUAAAGAGAAUAAAAGAGAA